AUAGAGCGAUAAAGCACGUGGUUGAGUGAAAAGGUUGCUUCCGGAUAAGAGGUUACAGUGUAGUUAAUAGGAUUUUUAAAUGCGUGGAAUCGUGAAUGAACUUUUUAAAUUUAAUAUUUUCGGAAGGAUUCUUUUUAGAAAACACGUUUUUGCAUCUUAUCAUUAUGUAAAAUACCAGUCGAGCAAAACUGGAAAGCAUCAAGAUGGUCCUGCAUUUACUAAUUCAUUGUUGAAACACUUAAUUAUGAAGAUAAAAGCGACGGGGCCUAUAACAGUUGCCGAAUACAUGAGGGAAGUUCUCACAAACCCUAUAAAGGGUUACUACAUGCAUCAUGAUAUGCUGGGAGAACAUGGAGACUUUGUUACAUCACCAGAAAUAAGUCAGAUCUUUGGAGAGGUCUUAGGGAUAUGGUACAUUAGUGAAUGGAUAUCUGCUGGUAAACCUAAAGCUUUUCAGUUGGUGGAACUUGGUCCAGGAAGAGGCACCCUGAUGAAUGACAUUUUACGAGUCUUUAGUCAACUUUCACAUUUACUGAACAACUGUGACAUCUCUGUACAUUUAGUAGAAGUGAGUCCAAAGCUAAGCGAUGUCCAAGCGAUAGCCUUAACCGGAAAGAGCAUUGAUGAGAAACCUUGUGAGCUUUUACCUGUAUACAAGAAAGGACUAACCAAGUCUGGAAUUCCAGUGUUCUGGUACCAAAAUGUGGAAGAUGUGCCACCAGGUUACUCUCUUUAUAUAGCACAUGAAUUUUUCGAUGCAUUGCCAAUACAUAAAUUACAGAAAACAGAAGAAGGAUGGCGGGAAAUAUUAAUUGAUAUUGAUCCAACUGUUCCUGAAAAGCUGAGAUUUGUUCUUUCAACCAGUUCCUCUCUAGUGGCAAAAUCCUUUAUUCAGGCUGAUGAAGAAAGGGGUCAUGUUGAAGUGUGCCCCAGUGCUGCUGUCAUUAUUCAGAGGCUUGCCUAUCAAAUAAAAAAUUAUGGCGGAGCGGCACUGAUUGUCGAUUAUGGACACUUUGGAGAGAAAACCGACACAUUCAGAGGAUUUCAUGCCCACCAGCUUCAUGAUGUCUUGAUCACACCUGGGAUGGCAGAUUUGACUGCAGAUGUUGAUUUUAAGUUCUUAAAAAGGAUGAUUGGAAGUACCGUAGCCACUUUAGGUCCAAUUCCACAACAUGAAUUUUUGAAAAACAUGGGAAUUGAUAUUCGCUUAAAGGUACUUUUGGAAAAUGCUAAUGAUAUAGCUACACAACAGCAGCUGAAGUCGGGUUAUGAUAUUCUUAUGCAUCCAGAUAAAAUGGGAGAGCGAUUCAAAUUUUUUUCAGUUUUUCCUCAUUCUAGGUUUAAAAACGAACAUGAUCCAAAUGCCAAAUCACAGCCUGUGGCAGGUUUUAGUAAAUUAGUAAUGCAGUAACAAAGAUAAGAUUAACUAAGUAUUGGAGAGUACUAACCAGGCUGUAAUGCCACUCCAAACAUUUAAUAAUUUAUGGACUGAAAAAUAUUUUGUUUUUCUUUCAACUAUUUCACAUUAAAAUACAUAAAAUGUUAUUCUGUAAUAAACUGAUUCCUGAGCAAA